AUGGCCCUCUCUGCGACAAUGCCACGCUACUCGCAGCCAUGUUGUUGCAGAGGGCAGCUUCUCCUCUUUGCCGCUGGUGCAUUGGCACUACUGUGGCCGGCCGAGGCUUCUUGGGUUGUCCACUGCAACCUGGACUGUGAUGGGGUCAACAGCUGCGAGGACAAGCAGGUCUGUAGCGGCCAGAUGGUAGAGGAGGGCAUUUGCCCAAAUCAGCAGCCCUGCUUACAUGAAGAUGAGUUCAACUGCAUGCCGGUCGACUGCAAGUGGAGUGAGUGGCGGGACUGGGAGAACGAUGGCAUCUCCGGCCUUUGCACUCGCAAGAGGUACUUCAGCCCACCACUUUGUGGAGGGAAUCAAUGCUUGGGGACCAUGGCAGACUCCAUGUACUGCGAACCUGGUGUUCAUGCCCCGAGGGACUGCGAGUUCGCCACGUGGAUGGACUGGUCCGCCUGCAAUGCGAGCACGCUGCAGAGGUCGCGCGAGCGAGUUGUGCAGCAGGAGCCCUCACAUGGAGGAGCACCCUGCGAGGGGCCGCUUGUCACAACGGAGCCAUGUGGGGAUCGAAAGCCUCCGGCCGCCUGUGUGCUGGGUGAUUGGAUGCGUUGGAGCGGCUGCACACGGGAGUGUGGCGGUGGCCAGCAGUUUCGCGUACGGGCCAUUGCUCAGGAGGCAGCAGAAGGCGGAAAGCUCUGCGAAGGCGAGGAUGGAAGGCCUCUGGUCCUGCAGUCGACGCGGCCCUGCAACGUCGACAUCGCGUGCGAGGGAGAACUCGUGGCCAAGGACUGUGUCUUGUCAGAUUGGAAUGAUUGGUCUGUCUGCGAUCCUGACACGCCUGAACGUGCCCGACAGAGAUACCGUUCCCGCUCCAUCUCCGAACCAGGCGCAAAUGGUGGUGCGCCUUGCACUGACCCUCUGCAAGAAACGCAGGGCUGUGAGGAAUCGCACAUCUUGCCACCAGUUGACUGCAAGCUCUCGGCCUGGUCAGCGUGGAAGCUCUGCGACAAGACCUGCGAGGGGGGGCAGACCGUGCGCACCCGGACUGUCGAGGUCGAGGCAAAGAGGGGUGGACGGCCCUGCCAGGACUCGACGCUCGAGACCAUGCCCUGCAACGAGAUCCCCUGUGAGUUGGAUCCUCUUGGGAGGGACUGCCAGCUGUCGCUCUGGACCUCCUGGACGGACUGCUCGGCCUCAUGUGGACAGGGCAUCCGGAAGCGAAGCCGGGAAGUUCUGGCCCCUCCACUGGCGGGAGGUCGUGGCUGCAGCGCCAUCCUCGAAGAGGCCAUGGGGUGCAUCCAGGCGACCUGCAAUUCAGAGGACUGUGUGUGGGGCACUUGGACCAGCUGGUCGUCCUGCAGCCGGACAUGUGAUGGCGGACAGAAGAGUCGCAAUCGCACGGUCUUCCUGCCACCAUCCCCGGGUGGCAAGCCUUGCAAAGCUCUCGACAGUGUCAGCGAAAUCGCGAGCUGCGGCACAAUGCCCUGCUCCUCGGCGAGCUGCCAGGAUGGCGUCUGGCAUGACUGGGGAGAAUGGGGCCAGUGCUCCAGGGCCUGCGCGGGCGGUGUGCGGUGGCGCCACCGGAAGGUGGCCCUUGAGGCAAUGGACUGUGGGACUCCAGCCGUCGGCCCGGCAAUGGAGCUGCAGCAGUGCAACGACUGGCCCUGUGAGGAAGAUCGCGAUUGUCUCAUGAGCACGUGGACGCAUUGGAGCAACUGCUCAGCCAGCUGCUAUGGACAGCAGCAGCGCAAGCGCCGCAUCGUCCAGCAGGGCAGUGGCAGCGGCAGCUGGUGCACAGAUCCCGAUGAGCAGCCUGCAGCACUGGAGGAAUCACGGCCAUGCAACGGACCACAGGAAGCAGAUGCCGGCAAGAUCAAGGAGUGUGGCUUCGGAGAGGUCCAGGACUGCCUGGUGGGCACUUGGAGCUCCUGGUCGGUCUGCUCCAAGACCUGCGACGGAGGAAUCCACAAGAGGAAGCGGCAUGUGGUGCGGCCUUCCAGGCUGGGGGGAAAGCCGUGCAACUUCACACUGGAGGAGGUCAAGGGCUGUGGUACGGAAACAUGUGGCCUGGCGAUGGACUGCCAAUGGGACGACUGGGACGAGUGGGGUGCUUGUACUCACUGCAGCGGCGAACGCAUUCGCGUCCGGGAGGUCCGGCAUCUCGGGAACGAGUUGGGCAAGCCCUGCGAUGCUUCGUCCUCCCGUGAGGUUUCGCAGUGCAACAACUGCCCUGCCAAGAAGACGUUUUGGUGCGUCUGGGCUGACUGGGAGGAGGGCGACUGCUCGGUGACCUGCGGCACCGGCGGCCGCCUCCGGCGGCAGCGGAUGCUUCAAACACUCAGCUCGCCACCUCGCAAUCCUGCGGACGCUGUGGGCAACGUCACGGGCACUGACUCGACCUGCGAGGCAUACGAGGUGGACUACACGACCUGCAAAGACCUUCCGGCUGACUGCACGGCUUGCGUGGCAGAGGACUGUGAGUUCAGCAGCUGGAGCGAUUGGAGUCAGCCUACCACCUGUGAUGGCCUCUGCACGCGAUCGCGCAAGAUCUCCAGGCUGAACAAUGAUUGUGGCGAGGCGUGCACCGGAAAGCUGCAAGAAACCAAGUCGUGCAUCGUGGAAGACUGCGAGGGAACACAGGAAUGCACUUUCUCACACUGGUCAACGUGGAGCGGAUGCUCCGAUGACAGCCGUCAGCAAACGCGCCUCCGUGAGAUUGCUCGGCCGAGCGGGCCCUUUGGGAAGCCGUGUGAAGGACCCCAGAAGGAGACCAAGCCAUGCGAGGCAAGCGCCGAGAAGCAGGAUUGCCAGCUCUCGGACUGGGAUACGUGGUCAGAGUGCUCUAAGAGCUGUGGUGGAGGUCAGCACAGUCGCAGUCGGGAGAUCUACCAGCAUGCCCAACAUGGAGGGCAGCCAUGCACAGGCUCCAUGAGGAUCACCCAAGAGUGUGGCACGGAGCUCUGCGGCUCUGAUGACCCGAACCAGCAGCCUGGCGACGACGACUGCCUCCUCUCGGACUGGUCCGACUGGGUCGGCUGUGACGGCUCCACGGUGCAGGCUUACCGCACGCGGCAUCCGCUGCGCGAGGCACAAAAGGAGGGCGUCCCCUGCAGCGGAGUUCUGAAAGAGGCUGGUACUUGCCCAGGAGCCCAGUCACGAGACUGCCUCUUCUCGGAGUGGGGAAUGUGGGGUUCCUGCGGGGCCUCUUGUGGCGGCGGCCAGCGUUUCCGUACGCGCGAGAUUCUCCAUCCCGGCUUGCCGGGCGGCGACCCCUGCACGGGGAGUACGCAUGAGACAGAAGUCUGCAACGAGGAGGUCUCCUGCAAUCUCAAUGCAGACUGUGUGGUCUCACACUGGAGCUUGUGGUCUGUGUGCUCGGUAUCCUGUGGAGAAGGCCAGAGUGUUCGACAGCGCAAGAUCAUCCAGGCGGCACAGCCAAAUGGUGCUGGCUGCAACUUGGCUCUCCUGGAGGUCGGCGCCUGCACUGGAGCAUCCACGAACGAGACCUGUGGAGACAAUGUAGACUGCGUGUGGGGAGGUUGGAUGGAAUGGUCCGACUGCCAUCAGGCAUCCUACUGUGGUCUGGGCUACCGGUCGCGGUCUCGCAAGAUCAAGGUGGCCCCCGUCGGCAAGGGUGAGCGAUGUGACCCGCUUCCCGCUGAAGAGGUGGUUACGGAUGUGAGAUGCGCGAAGUCUUGCACGAAGUCUGCUGCUUGUAUCGAUGGCGAGUGGGACAACUGGGGUCCUUGGGGAUCGUGCAGUGUGACUUGCGGUCGGGGUGGCAUGCGCAAGCGAACGCGAUCUGAGAAGGUGCAGGCAAACCACUGUGGCUUCGCCGCCAGUGGAGAGAGCCAAGAAUUUGGGCCCUGCAUGGCAAGCCGGCCAUGCGAGAGCGAGUUUGGAGCGCAGGACUGCAAGUUCGGCGCCUGGUCGCAGUGGGAGGACUGCAGUGCCAGCUGCAACGGUGCCCGAAGCCGGCACCGCCACAUCGUUCAGUACAGUGCCUACGGAGGCCAGGCGUGUGAGGGCCCCAUCCUCCAAAGCGAGAGGUGCAACCCAAGCCCAUCUGAGCACUCUCCGCCCUACGGAUGUGUGAGCGGAGCUCCAGUUGACUGUGUUCAGUGGCCUCCAAGUGAGUGGUCUGCUUGCUCUGCAACGUGUGGUACUGGCAACCAGACGCGCGAGCGACGCGUGGCUGUCGAGCCGGCCUACGGCGGCAAGACUUGCCCGGAGCCGCUGAAGGAGAUCCGCGAAUGCCAGGCAGCUGCAAGCUGUGAGGUGGUUGACAGGGACUGCGUGCUCUCGGACUGGGGAGCCUGGUCCGCCUGCGAGCCCAUCGCUUACCAGCGGCUCCGGCGACGCGGAGUGAAGAUCUCGCAGGCAGGUGUGGGCAAGGACUGUGAAGGCAACCUCACCGAAGUUCGGGGCUGCGAGGGCGGCUGCGAGGCCUGGUACCUGCUCUCCGUUUUGCGGAAAAGUCCUACUGGUGCAGCUGGUCGGGCUCUCGUGCCAAGAUGCCGAAAGCAUGCACGGCAGAACUGCGUUGUGGUUUGGGGUCUGCAGGUUUCCGAGGACACCCAGGCGUUCUGA